AUGAUCUUGAUUAUACUAAUAAUGGCCCACGACAUAGGUUUGGUGAAACUUCCGGAAGCCUUACAGUACGAGGAGAACCCAAAUGUGCUUCCCAUCUGCUUGGCGUGGAAGAAGACAACCGCUUCGAGGGGAAGGCUGUGGCCACCGGGUGGUAGUCCCGUCAACAUCUUGAGGGAGGUUGAGCUGGAUCUCAUUCCCAUGAGUGUAUGUAAAACCAAGGCCAAAUUACCACCUGACUCCAACAAGGUCUUAUGUACGCUUACACCCUACAAGGACACGUGCCAGGGUGACAGCGGUGGCCCUCUAGUGGUGAGGAUUGACGAAAAGAAGUGGGUUCAGGUGGGCAUUGUUAGCUAUGGCUUCGAAUGUGCAAGACCUGACAAUCCCGGAGUGUAUACCAGGGUCUCUGCUUACUUGGACUGGAUCUCCGGGAGCACGGGUGGGACUGACUGCGAUUCUGCAUCUGAGAGAAAUAAAGUAACACACUUUUCCCAUUGCCGUUUUGAAACUUUACCUUUAGCUCUGAGCCCCUUGUCUAAUCUCUUUUUCCAACAUAGAAUAUCUGCGGAAGCGCCUUCUUCAGGAGCAGUGAUCAUCAGUAGCAAGGGAGCAGCAGUGAUCCCCGAAACCAGAUGUUGCACAGAAUUAACAUUAUAA